GCCACAGUGGAGAUGCCUACUUCCAUAGGAGUCCCUGACCUGCUGUGGGUAACUCUACUGCUCUUCUCUCCUGAUGGCAUGUCAGCAGUCACCUGGAAAUCUAUAGUGUCCUUGAAUCCCCCAUGGAAUAGAAUAUUUAGAGGAGAGAAUGUGACUCUUACAUGUAAUGGGAAAAAUUCCCUUGAAGUUAACUCCACUAAGUGGACCCACAACAAUACCGUGUUAGUAGUGACGACAUCAAGUUUGGACAUUAUAAAUGCCAGAUCCCAGAACAGCGGGGAAUACAGAUGUCAGAACAACAAUCUUAUUCCAAGUCGACCUGUGUAUAUAAAAGUUUUCAGUGAUUGGCUGCUCCUUCAGUCUUCUGCUGAGGUGGUAUUGGAGGGUGAGUCCUUCCUCAUCAGGUGCCAUGGUUGGAUGAAUAGAAAUGUCUUCAAGAUGAUUUACUACAAGAAUGGCAAAGCACUGAAGUACUGGUAUGAGAAACACAACCUCUCCAUUACCAAUGCCACAAUAGAAGACAGCGGCAACUAUUACUGCACGGGCAUACUUUGGCAGAUAAACUAUACCUCCGAUCCCCUAAAAAUUACUGUAAAAAAAGAUUCCACAAAACCUCACUGGCUACAAUUUCAUAUCCCAUUUUUGGUGAUGAUUUUGUUUGCGGUGGACACAGGGUUAUUUAUCUCAACCCAGCAGCAGUUUAAAUCUAUCUUGAAGAUUAAGAGGCCCAGAAGACGCAGCAAACUUUCAGACCCACAUCCUAAGUAAACUACCACAAAGAACUGAUGUCAUUGCUCAAGAAAUAUUUGCAAAAGCGAUUUCUUUCUGGCAUCAGCAAUUUCUUCUUAAUUGUCAAACACAACUCACAAUGUACAUACAAAGAUUUCUAUUCAACUCAACAGUUCAGUAAACCAACUGACAUUGAUUAAGUGGCAUGCA